AGGAACACAACAUGGCGGGCUGAGGGGCUCGGCCCGGAGGCGCUAGGGAGAGGCUCGGCUGCUUUCUCGCCCGCCUCGAGGGACCUGCAGGCGAGCGGAGGAUGAACAAAUAUAGAACAAUUGGUAAGAUAGGAGAGGGAACAUUUUCUGAUGUUCUGAAGAUGCUGAGUCUUAGGGAUGGAAAAUACUAUGCCUGUAAACACAUGAAACAACAUUUUGAAAGUAUUGAACAAGUGAAUAAUCUGAGAGAAAUACAAGCACUAAGGCGGCUGAAUCCACAUCCUAAUAUCCUUACGUUACAUGAAGUUGUUUUUGACAAAAAAGCUGGCUCCCUUUCACUGAUAUGUGAACUUAUGGACAUGAAUAUUUAUGAGCUGAUAAGAGGAAGGAGAAAGCCAUUACCUGAAAAAAAGAUAAUAAGCUACAUGUAUCAGUUAUGCAAAUCUCUUGAUCACAUACACAGAAAUGGAGUAUUUCACAGAGAUGUGAAACCAGAAAACAUAUUAAUAAAGCACAGUAUCCUCAAAUUAGGAGACUUUGGAUCUUGUAGGAGUAUAUAUUCUAAGCAGCCAUAUACAGAAUAUAUAUCCACACGCUGGUACCGAGCACCUGAAUGCUUACUUACAGAUGGCUACUAUAGUUACAAAAUGGAUAUGUGGAGUGCUGGCUGUGUUUUCUAUGAAAUCACAAGUUUACAGCCUCUCUUUCCUGGAUCUAAUGAACUGGACCAAAUAUCAAAAAUCCAUGACAUUAUAGGUACUCCUGCUAACAAAACUCUCACUAAGUUCAAGCAGUCAAGAAUUAUAAGUUUUGAUUUUCCCUUUAAAAAAGGAACAGGGAUACCUCCUCUUGUGCACAAUUUGUCUCCCAAAGGCUUCUCUCUCCUGUAUGCAAUGAUAAAAUAUGAUCCUGAUGAGAGAAUUGCUGCCCAUCAAGCAUUACAACAUCCUUAUUUUCAAGAACUCUGGGCAGCUGAUAAGCGAGCUUUGGCCAUGCACAAAAAAGUAAGAUUACCAAGAAAUACUGAAGGGCAAGAACCUCUGCAUUUGUGGCAAAUUCCAAAGGAAAGGCAAAGACAGCAUUCUCUUAAGAAAAUCCACAAAAAACCAGAAUGACAUUCUAGGCCUCCCUGUGCAGAUUUACCAAAAUUAAAUCUUUCUGGAGUAGCCAAAUUGACUUCCUAUCCUACACCCACAUUGCAUUCAGUUUUUACUGCACCUACAAAAAGUGAGGAAACCCCUACGUUACGAUCUGUUACAUUUAUUGGCUCAAAUAACAACAUACAGACUCUUAACUUACUCAUUAAAAAAAUACAGUAAAACGUGUUUCAAAGAAAACAUUUAAAACUUCUAUAAUUUCUUCAACAGUCUGAGAAACAGAAGGACCUUAAGCCUUCUCUGAAACAUUCCCACUUACCUGCUAUACAACGAAGAGGAGGAGGUUACUGACCACCUUGUCCAGUAUUUGGAGUGUGAGAAAAAGCAUGAGCAUGCAGUGAAACAGACCCAACCAUGCUUUCAUUGUUAGAGGUCUAACAAGAACUGUGCCUUAUUUUGUGUUACUCUAAUAAUUCAUAGGAGAAAUUCCACAAGGUUAUGAAGUUCUGCUUACCUAGAAUUUUGGUAUUCCAUUCCUGAAGACUAGCAAUAAUUAAUUAAAGCAUUGUUUUGGCAGAGCUCAGAAUGCAGCUCUUUAUAUUGAGCUAAUUUUUCCUAUUGGAACCUGAUGGAGAAAGGGGUUGAUUAAAAAUAACA